AUGUUCAGACAAGUUGCUAGAAACUCAUUAGCCGCCAGAACCUUGGUGGCAAGAACCAAAUUCUCCCCAGCAAUGUCUCGCGCUUUGCGUGCACCUGUCACACCUGCCUUGACUCAAAGCAGAAGCUACCAUGAUAAGGUGAUUGAUCACUACACCAACCCCAGAAACGUGGGUACUUUGGACAAGAACGACGCCGACGUGGGCACAGGACUCGUGGGAGCCCCCGCCUGCGGAGACGUCAUGAGAUUGCAAAUCAAGGUGGACGAGGAGACCGGCGUGAUCCAGGAUGUCAAGUUUAAGACAUUCGGAUGUGGAUCGGCCAUUGCUUCGUCGUCCUACGUCACCGAGCUCGUCAAGGGAAAGACUCUCGAGGAGGCCUUGACUAUCAAAAACACCGCCAUUGCCAAGGAAUUGUCGUUGCCCCCAGUGAAGUUGCAUUGCUCUAUGUUGGCUGAGGAUGCCAUCAAGUCUGCUGUCAAGGACUACAAGUCCAAGAGAUCGAGUGCCUUGAAACAGCCAACGUUGGGCGCUGCCACUGCUUGA